UUUUUCCAUAGAACCAAAUCAGAUAAAAAGAUAAAAAAAAAAGAGCAGAGCACAGACAUCAAUGGCGGGUGUGAGAAGCUUGCUGAAGAGAAGAUCCCAUUUUUCAGGGUGCAAAUACUACAGCAGCGCCACCCCUUUGCCAGAUUCCCCUUCCUUUGUUCAGAGGCUCAGAGAUCUCCCUAAAGAUCUUCCUGGUACCAACAUCAAGACACACGUUUCUCAGCUGAUUGGUAGAACACCAUUGGUAUAUCUAAACAAAGUUACAGAGGGAUGUGGAGCAUAUGUUGCAGUUAAGCAAGAAAUGAUGCAGCCUACUGCUAGCGUCAAAGACAGACCAGCAAUAGCCAUGAUGAAGGAUGCCGAGGAAAAGGGCCUCAUCACCCCGGGAAAGACGACGCUGAUUGAGCCCACUUCGGGAAACAUGGGGAUCAGCCUGGCCUUCAUGGCUGCAAUGAAAGGCUACAAAAUGGUGCUCACGAUGCCGUCUUACACAAGCUUAGAGAGAAGAGUGACUAUGAGAGCAUUUGGAGCAGAUUUGGUCCUCACUGAUCCCACCAAGGGAAUGGGAGGCACUGUCAAGAAAGCCUACCAGCUUCUUGAUUCCACCCCGGACGCCUUCAUGCUUCAGCAGUUUUCCAACCCGGCCAACACAAAGGUGCAUUUUGAGACUACUGGCCCCGAAAUAUGGGAGGAUUCCAAUGGCAAGGUCGACAUCUUUGUGAUGGGGAUAGGGAGUGGAGGCACCGUCUCUGGUGUUGGCCAGUACUUGAAGUCCAUGAAUCCCGGUGUCAAGAUUUAUGGACUUGAGCCAGAGGAGAGCCCCAUUCUCAACGGAGGGAAGCCAGGGCCUCAUCACAUCACGGGGAAUGGAGUCGGAUUCAAACCAGACAUAUUGGAUAUGGACGUCAUGGAGGAAGUCCUUAUGGUUUCUAGUGAAGAUGCUGUCAAAAUGGCCAGAGAAUUGGCACUCAAGGAAGGGCUAUAUGUUGGGAUAUCAUCCGGUGCUAACACGGUGGCUGCCCUCCGUCUAGCUAGGAGACCUGAAAACAAGGGAAAACUCAUUGUGACUGUCCAUCCGAGCUUCGGAGAGCGAUACCUGUCGUCGGUGUUGUUCGAGGAGCUGAGGAAAGAAGCUGAGAACAUGCAGCCAGUUUCAGUUGAUUAAGGAUCAAGUGUGCUUGGCAGACCAGAUUCCCAAUGCUUCUACUUAGUUGGAGAAGCUUGUAUUGCCUUUAUUGAAAUAUCAUUUCAUUUUUAUUUCAGUAAUUACCUGAUCUGUAGCUGUAAAAGCAACAGUAUUGUUGAGAUUAUGAAUUAUAAUGCUUAUUACCAAACUAUAA